AUGACAUUCAUUUUAUAUAUAUAUAAAUAUUCAAGUUCUGAAUGUCAUAAACGACAGACUGGUGAUCAUAUCUUACGUUAUCAUCAUACUGAUAAUUAUAAUCAUGUUGGUAUUAUUCGUUAUUCUCGAGUUAAAUGUAGAAAAUAUAUAAAUAUAUUACGUGAUACACAAUUUGUACAUAAUAAUACAAUAUUACAAAGUUAUGAUCAAGAUUUUAUUCGAACUUUAGUAGUUAUUGAAUUUGAUAAAGCUGUUUCAUUGAAUGAUUUUCCUGUAAGAUCAGCAGGUAUUGUUGUUACUUGUUAUCAACUAUGUAUUAUUAUGAAAUUAACAAAAAAAAAAAUUGUUAAUAAAUAUUUUUGUUUUCAUCGUGGAACUAUUAUAAGAUUAGCAGCUGUUAAUUGUAUACAAUAUAUUUGUAUUCCUAUAACUAUUUCACAAUGUUGUCAUCAAUCUCAAGCUAAUAAUGAUCAAAAUGAUAACAUAUUCAUCUAUUGUUAA